CAGUCUAGCUUCGUGUCUAACGAAGUGUGACACGCGUGCCUGCUUAUAGCGUUCGAAGCGUUAUAGCGUGAUUACGUUCCGAAUUAACAAUCAGUGUAUUCCUUCGUUACUCAGUUUUGAAGCGUGCAGCUCGACAAUGAAAAGUUCAAGUUUAAUAUUUGUUUAAAUGGAGAGAAUAAAUAUAACUAACACGAUCACAGCUGUUGGACAUCUGCUGUUAUUUUUCCUUCGUCCUAUACAUAAACUGAUUAACAUCAAGAGACUGCCAAAUCUACCGCCGAUCAAGAAUCCCUUGUUACAAGUUUCCGCAACAACGUUAGCCAGGAAGAUUAGGAACGGAGAACUUUCCAGCCAAACCGUAGUGGAAGCAUAUAUCGAGCGUAUUAAGGAGGUGAAUCCUUUCCUAAAUGCAGUGGUGGAGGAACGGUUCGAGGGGGCCAUAAGAGACGCGAAAAAUUGCGACGAGAAACUGAAAAGAGGAGAAGUGAACGCUGAUACGUUGGAAACGGAACAACCGCUUUAUGGAGUGCCAAUUACCAUCAAGGAAUCCUGUGGCGUCGAAGGUAUGAGUCAUGCGGUAGGCAGAAUGGCGAGAAGAGGAUUAAAAGCUACGAAGGAUGGUGCAGCAGUACAAAUAUUAAGAAACGCGGGAGGAAUUUUUCUGUGCGUUACGAAUACCCCUGAAUGCUGCCUGGGUUAUAACACUAACAAUGUAAUUCAGGGCGUAACAAAGAAUCCGUACGAUAUUAGGAUGUCAUCGGGAGGAUCGUCAGGCGGUGAGUGUGCGUUGAUUGGUGCAGGAGCAUCCAUACUCGGACUUGGUUCGGAUAUAGUUGGAUCGAUAAGAAUACCAAGCUUCUUCAAUGGGAUUUUUGGCCACAAACCUUCACGAGGCGUUGUAUCUAGUGUUGGACACUAUCCGAAAUGCGAGAACUACAUGAUUGAACAAAUGUUGACGUGCGGCCCGAUAGCGAGAUACACGGAGGAUCUUUACUUGUGCAUGAAAUUGCUGUCCGCCAAACUCGAAAAACCUUUACGUUUGGACGUGCCCGUGGACCUAGCAACUCUUCGAGUAUUCUAUGUGGAUGAUAUAUCCGGUCUCUACGGUACGGUGUCGACCUCGUCGGAAAUCAAACAAACUAUUAAAACGGCAAUAAAAUACCUGGAACAACAGGGUGCGCGCGUUGAAAAGUUACAGUUGUCGCAGGAGUGGAUACGAUUUGCAUUCAUGAUAAUAGCCUCUUGUUUCUCCGAAUAUGAUAUAUCCAACGCUAUAAUGGAGGAUACUAGAAGAAGAAUGAAUCCACUACUGGAACUUUUAAAGAGCACAGUAGGUUCGUCGAAUUACGAAUCUCAGCUGAUUGUCGUGCUACUGCUGGAGAGGUAUAACACAUUCAUUUCCAGUUCGAAAAGAAAGUAUUAUAUAGGAUUGGGGGAUCAAUGCCGUGACAAACUGAAUGAUAUCCUCGACAAAGAUGGGGUGCUCAUAUACCCCACGUAUCCCCAUGUAGCACAGCUGCCGUCGUUACUUAAGUACGAAAUCGAUAGUGGUGCAUAUUCUGGGAUCUUUAACGUGCUUCAGUUACCAGCAACGAACAUUCCAAUGGGACUUAAUGACAAAGGAUUGCCAGUUGGGUUUCAGGUGGUAGCUGGAAACGGCCAGGACCGUCUUUGUUUAGCAGUCGCUAAGGAGUUUGAGAAGGCCUUCGGUGGCUGGAUACCUCCUAGCAGCUGAACGUUUGUUUCAUCCGUAACAAUCCUACGUGUUCCAAUUCAAACAAACCACUGUAUGUAUUAAUGUCAACCCUUUGAGUGACAAGGAGCAUUUUUGUUUACAAUCAUGCAUCUUUGCUUAAAAUUGUCUGGCAUUUCUCAAGAGUUCAUCACUGAAAGGGUUAACGUAUGAAAUAUUUUUUUAAGUGUCGUGGAUAAAUGUAUCCUUUUCCCACGACUUUGUUCCACCUUUCUAAGAAAAUACAUUCAAAGUGUCGAUGACUGGGU